AUGGUGGAUCUCUAUGACCCGUCCAAGGGAGAAUUGUCCCAACAGGCAGAGGACUCCAUCAGCCAGCACAGUUCUACGGAGGCCUUUCGAGACCGCAGCUGUUCUGUUGCAUCCACGGCUACUCAGGGACGGCGUUCUUCAGUAACUUCAACGAGCAGCCGUAACCAGAGGGAUGGCCUCUACCACCGCAUAUUCCACUUGUCUGAGUUGCUGCGGGUGGAGAAGGCCAACCGGGAUGACAACACCUCCUGCUACGUGGAGCUGGUGAGCAAGGCAGACCGAGAGAAGGCCCCCUCCAUUCGGCAUGCCUUCGAACGUAUCAACCAGCGGUCUUGUGCCAACAUUGCCCACCUAGAGCAGCGUCUACAGGAUUGCUGGAACCAGCUGAAGAAGUUCGAGCAGAGGACAGCGAUAGCGCAAGAAAGCCAUUCCAGUGCCGCCUCUUCCCAGCAACAGUUCUUCACCCUGAAGGGCAGCUUCUCCCGGCCAGCAUAUUUUGGCUUAUCCAGGAUCCGCAGCUCAAAAAAUAGCACCCAAGAGGAAAUCCACAGCCCUUCCCCCACCGAUAGUGAGGGGAAGAGUCCUGCCUCAGAGGCCAGCACCCAGCAGUUCCUCGAUGAGCUGAGCCAGCUGAAGUUUGAGGAUCUCAGGGGCCAGUUGGCAGAACUGAAGGGAGCCCACAAGGCCCUAGAGGAUGAAUGGCAGAAGCUGGAGAAGUCAUGGAAGGACGACAAAUGGGAGAUGAUGGAACUGCUGCAAGAGGAGAAGAAGAGGCACUACAGUUUGGAGGUGCAAGUGAAUGACGUGAUACAAGUCAAUCUCAGCGAGAUCACCAACCUGAAGCAUGACUUGGCCUGCACUGAAGAAAAGAUGGUCUACCAGUCUUACGAGCGAUCCCGGGACAUCUGGGAGGUCCUGGACUCCUACCAGACCCGGCUGGCCAAACUGGAAACACAGCAACAGACCCAGCAGAUGGAGGCCCUGGAUUUACCUCAGGCCAGUGUCUAUAAACUGUACGGGCAGCUCAUGAACUUGUUGCUGACCAUUGCCGCCAUCCUCCUCGUGUGCGUCUCCACCAUUUCAGCCUUCACCCUCCCUCUCCUGCGCACCCCCUGGCGGGCCCUGGCCACUCUGUCUGUGAUCACUGCAGUGGUGCUUGUCUGGAACUACUUGCGCGACAUCCCUGAGCUGGAAUGGACAACAUGGUUGCCCUCCACUUAG